AAUCAGAAAGAUCAAAUAACAUCCCUCCACUGGCCUAUUGAAGAAGAAAUAUUUAAUGAGGAUAUACCCGACGGAAGUAUUCCUUAUUACACUAUUCAACUUACCGCACCUAUCAAUUCUCAAAGGAAAUCUGCUCAAGGAGGAUCUGAAACAUGUUCUUUCUGUAAUGAACCUGAUCUAUUAUUCGAACUUGAUGAAGCUAACCUGAAACCAGUCGAUGAUGAUACAAGGUUAAAUCCUCAAGAAGAAGAAGAUAGGGUUAAAAAAUUUUUUAAAGAGUUAUUCAAAAGACUACAAGACUUUAAUCCGUUACUGAUUCUUAAAGAAAAAACAUGUGAAGUAUUCCGCAUAGAAUAUGAAAUCCUUGAUUCACACUAUCCUCUCAGGAAAGCAUUGGAGAAGAAAUUGGCUGAAUUUACAUCCAUUCACCCUCUUCAAACUGCACGAAUCUUGCUUAAUACAAAAAUUAAGCAACAAUUCUCCUCUGAUAUAUCUCGUAAUAUCUUUAACAAGAAAAAACGCUCAGCUAAAAAUAUUUACAACAUAUUCAAAACAGAAGGUUUAGGAAGAGUCGAGAUCAAGCGAAUUAGGAGAAUCUCACCAUUGUCUUUUGGAAAAUUUACUGAUAAAGAAAUAAAGAUCAUUCAAGAAAGGGUUAGAGUGAAUUCUUCUUAA